GCAGUCUGCGCCUGCGCAGGCAGGUGGGCCAAGAUGGCUGUGGUGCGAGGCGUGCGAGUUGUCCGAAGCUCAUCCGGACUCUUGCUGGGGCGAGGGAUGCGGACCUUCCUGCUACUGCUGUGGCUUGCAGCCCGCGGAGACGCGCUCUACUUCCACAUUGGAGAGACAGAGAAGAAGUGCUUCAUCGAGGAGAUUCCGGACGAGACCAUGGUCAUCGGAAAUUACCGGACGCAGCUGUAUGACAAACAGCGGGAGGAGUACCAGCCAGCCACCCCUGGGCUUGGCAUGUUCGUGGAGGUAAAAGACCCCGAGGACAAGGUCAUCCUGGCCCGGCAGUAUGGCUCUGAGGGCAGGUUCACAUUCACCUCCCACACCCCUGGUGAGCACCAGAUCUGUCUUCACUCGAAUUCCACCAAGUUCUCCCUCUUUGCCGGAGGGAUGCUGAGAGUUCACCUUGACAUCCAAGUAGGUGAACAUGCGAACGACUAUGCAGAAAUUGCUGCCAAAGACAAGCUGAGCGAGCUGCAGCUGAGAGUCCGGCAGCUAGUGGAGCAGGUGGAGCAGAUCCAGAAGGAGCAGAACUACCAGCGGUGGCGAGAGGAGCGCUUCAGACAGACCAGCGAAAGCACCAACCAGCGAGUGCUGUGGUGGUCCAUCCUGCAGACUCUCAUCCUCGUGGCCAUUGGCGUCUGGCAGAUGCGGCACCUCAAGAGCUUUUUUGAAGCCAAGAAGUUGGUGUAGCUGUCCCAAGCCUCACAGGCGAUCUUUCUUCCAGGCUGUGGGAAAAGGACCUGGAACCAGUUCCUCUCUGGGAGGAGGACUGGUUUUCAGCCGUAGAUGUUCUGGAGGAUAGAGGGACUGCAAGCAUGUCCCCGUUCCUCAGGCUCAAGUGGAGGACAGCAACCUGGCCGGCUGAUGCUGAGCCAGUAGUGGACAAGCCCUUCCCACCUCCACCUCUGGACCUUCUGCAGUAAUCACCAGGGGCUGGCGAUGCCCCUAGUGUCUCAGAAUCUCAGUGUUACUGAUCAGGGAUGUGAGGCUGCUCUCUGGGGUAGGUUUCGGGAGGGAAGUGGGUGGGCCAGCAAGCUGAUUUUCCUUCUGUCUUCCUUUGUUAAUGUGGGAUUUUGAGCAGGUCAGGGUAUUAUCAGUGACUCCUUGCUAUUCCAGAAACCUUGCUUUUCUUGCCUUUGGCUUAGAACCAGCCUAAUACUAAUAAUAUAGAGUAUGUUUGUGUGUUAGUUUAGGGGUGUGGAGGGGUUGCAAUGCACAAAAGGGGCCCAGAGGUGAUUUUAGUUUCUUAUAGUUGUCCUCUCUGGGGCUUGAGCAACUGUUAUCAAACCAAGCAGAGACUUUGGUGCUGAUUGGAGACAGAGCCUACAGAAUCUUAGUUACUGAGUUUAUUUUCAAUGAAUGUGGGUUUGUUACAUUGGUUUCCCAAUUUAAAAAAAAAAAAAAAAGAAGAAGAAAGACUUGUCCUGUGCAUGUUUACUCUUGGUGGGUG